CCUAGCCAGUCAUUUGAACCUGUGUCUAAGACCUCCUGAUUAGUUAGUGGUGACACCCCAUAUGUGAACUCUAGCAUUUAGAGGCUGCCAUCAUGGUGAAGAGAUGAUAGGGAUUGAGAGAAAUAGCAUGCGCAUCUUUCGCAUCAAAUUGUCCUGACCCCACUGGUCGAGAGUGAGUGAUUCAUUUUCAUUUUCUAUAUGCUCUUGUACCCUGGUGAGGACCUAGAUUGCUCGGUCUCUAUUCUGAUGUCUUGAGUUGGAUGCAUGAGUUGACUGUUUUGAGUAAGUGGUUGAAUCAAGUCUAGGUUGGCCAGUGAACAGAAGGGAGACUCUUCCUUUACUCGAUUUGCUGCACUCGAAUGUCCUUUGUGGUGGUUGUCCAGGUUGUUGUUGAGGUUGUGCAUGUAUUGAUGUUUGAAAACCAGUGCGAUUCACGUGUUCUGUGCCUUUAUGACUUGUCCCCAAUGUUGGUUGAUUGAAAUGUGUAGGCUUACCUAGUGUCUGACUUGGUUUGCUUGGGGACAAGCAAACGGUUAAGUGUGGGGGAGUUUGAUAGACCGUCAUUUACACAUGUUUUUACCCCCGUUCUUACACCGUUUGAGGUGUUGAUUCUCGUGUUUUAGACCGAUUUCACGCUAGGUUGUGCUUGUUUGUGAUAUUUCAGGUCCUAGUACGUGAAUGAAGGCUUAGGAGCGAGUCUGGGGUCGAUUGGACGAAGAACGGACGAAUGGCGAGGUUUUUGGGGAGCUGCACGGGCAGACCAGGGAGGCUGCACGGCCGUGCACGGUUGCAAGCUGGCCGUGCGCCUCAUGCCGAGGAGAUGCACGGGCAGGCCCUGAAGAUUGCACGGCCGUGCACCUGGCCGUGCAAGAAGCCUGAGUUCGACUUAAGGGAUACGCUGCGUUUCAUGGUGCACGGCCAGAAUGGUGAGGUGCACGGCCGUGCACCCUGGCCGUGCAACUCGGGAAACCCGGUUUUAAAGCCUAAUCCGAGCCAGAAGUGAAAAAACAGGGUUUUCAGAGCAAAAACAGAGCCCUAGAGAGAGAAAGUACGAAGAACACAUCCUAGAAGCUGUCUUAGAGCUGGAUUUCAUCAAAUCGAGCCUGGAGAUCGUCAUAGGAGUGAAAAUCAUCGUCCCGGAGUAGAUUAUCCUCAUCGUUAUGAGUAUGACUAAUCCGAUUCUUGUUUUCUCUUCUCUCUCUAUGGAGUAGAACCCUUCUCUCACUUGGGGAUGAAGAACCCUAGUUCUAUGUGUUAGGGGAUUGAUUGUAAUGACUUGGGAUGAUAUUACUGUUUGAUUAUAAUCGAAUGAUGCAUGUUUAUUGAGUCAAUUGAAGUCUGAUCAACUUUUCCUGAUUCCUGCUGCAAUCUGAGAUAGAUAGAAUCUGAUUAGGUUGCUAGAGUCUCAUCAUUCGAUAGUAGGAGACUGGUUAUACGAGAGUUAGCCAGUUUACUGCUCUGUACUGGAAUCUAAUUCCAGUAGUGAAUUUCUGUUCUUACUGCUUCAGCUUUCUAUCCCGGUGAAGACUAGUCGUCUGCCGGGUAGUUAGACUGAGAGGGCUUGGUCAGCUUAAGAGAUUCCAAGCUACUGCCGGAUCUUCCGCAGUCUAAUCAACAGUAAAUCAACCCAGGGUAAAUUGCAAUUGAACCUAACUAAGGAGCUAGGGGGAUUCAUUCCCGAGUGACUCUUUCCUGCUUAAGAAAACCGAAUAAUUUCCUGCUUUAUUUCUGCUUUUAGUUUAAACAACAAUCACUUACUCUAGUUGGCUAGAUAACAGAGAAUCACUGAGUAAGCAGUAGAUCUAGACCCCGGGUUGAUAAUAUAACUUGCCUGUUACUGCAUUCCCGGUCUGCGAUUACACUUGGUCGCAGAUUGGUGUUGUGUUUUGGCGUGUCAGAUUUCCAGUCACGGCUCUGAUACCACUUGUUAUAAACGCGCUGCUACCGAUCGGGAAACCGCUGGAAUCGACAAAGCAAGAAAACGAAAGCGAGAAUGGAAAACACAACACACAAUUUACGUUGUUCACUAACACGAUGUGUGUUAACUACGUCCACGGGCGAGAGAGAGCCAGUUUCACUAUAUCGAGGAGAUUACAGAUUACAAAGGAGUAUGUGAAGUAUUUAUAGUACUUCUCCAUGUGGGUCUAAACCUAAUCCAAUCUGGCAAAGGAGACGGUUGCCCCCGCACCCCCACAUGGUCGUUGCCCCUGGACCCCACUUGCUGACCGGGCAGCGAGACCCCCGACUAAUCCAAUCGUAGCGGCUGAUAGUCCGAUUCAAGUCACAUUAACACAUCGAGAUUCAACCCAAGAUAUAUUGCUGGAGGGGAAGGAAAGGUGGUGCCUUUAUUGUAAUAACAACCUACAUUACCGACCCACUUUCAGAGUGGGAAAGCAAAGGAACGCCCAUUAACAACAGUGGUAAUAGUAGUACAAAAGGGAAACCAUGUAGCGGGAAACAACCUAAUCACAGGUACAAAGAGCAGGCAUAUCAUUCUCCAGGGAGGUUUCCGAAACCCCAAACUUCGAGGAGUUCCACAAUUCCUUCGUUAGAGCCUAGAGGCAUGAUUAGAUAAGAACAGCAGAUGUGAUUCUAGGCUUCUAUCUAUUGAAUUCCUCCCUUGAUACCAAUUUGAUAGCAUCCAAUGUGUUGGAAUUUAGUCUCCACUAAGGUGAGCAUCAACUACCGAAAUGGUAAGUUGGCUCUCAUCGAAGAUCACACAUGUCAUAUCUCACAGUCCCUCUGUAACAAUGGCGCAAUGAUGAAUAUAGCCAUCUACACCACUCACCACUCUUGUCCCUUUUAUCAUUGUUAAUGUCAAAAUCUGAAGGGGAAUGGUAGGAUCCGACGGCAGGAAACUGUUACCGGCGGUGACGUCAGCGAUCUAAAGUGCUGUUUGGAGGAAAUUUAUUAACUAAGAAGUUCAAAUCUCGAAACCUUCCCUAAUUGCAAGUGCUUGGACAGAUACGUUCCAGUCAUUCAUUUUAAUUCUUCUAGCAAUUACGUAUAUGUAUCUUGAUCCAUUAUAUGAUUUAAUGAAAGUUUGCGGUAGAUGACAUUGUCGAUUAGGACGAUCAAAUGAUGGAUUAGAUAAAUCACUUCCCUUACACAAAAUUGCAUUCAUAAUUAUUAGGUUUGAUAAUGAAUUUCUAGUCAUAUUAUUGACAAACUAAGUAUUAGAAAUACUACAUGUAUUAAACUAAAAGCCCACAUUUGAGAGAGAGAUCACAAAAGUUUAUGAUCUAAUACGACAACUAAACCAUGCUCUCUUUGUCCUUAUUUUGCAGGUGAAAAAUCUUUCGCAUCCCAAUGAAUUUUGAGCUAUCAGUUUAUGUCGGGUGGUCUAUAAAUUGACAUCUAAGGU